AUGAGGGCUACUUCAGAAUCAGCAGAGUUGAUAUUUUUAGCCACUAACCUUGGCCUAGAGAUGUUGUCAGCUGCUUGUGAUCAGGCUUCCUCCCCAAGAAGACCCCACUUUGCACUAUUUGGGAUGCUGUUGGCUAUUGCAGCUCUGCUCAUUUCCAUCGGGGAGCUAAUUUGCAGAGGUAAAAGGGAACGAGUUGUGUUGAGGAGAUGGGGAAUGCUCUGGUGGUUUUAUCAUCCACCACCUCCUCGACAUACGCCUUUUGGUACUCUUCCUGACAUUUAUGGACUAGUUGCUGGCAUCUUACAGUGCAUUUGCUCUAUAGUUCAGUAUGUUUACUGCCUUCAGCAUGCUGAUAGUCCUUUGAAAGCAUCCCUUUUGCCUGCCAUAUUUCUUAUCUGUUUAAUUGGUUCAAGACUAAGUAAUAAGCGAAUGACCGCCAAUACCACUGAUAACAUGGACUCGUGGGAAAAUUCUUCAAGCACGGAAGAAACUUCGUUGCAUCCAAUUCCAGUGUAUGAUGCACCUGCAAAUAUACCACUUCUCGAUAAUCAGGAGGUAGAGGUUGAGGGCAACAUAGAGAAGCAGAAGCAGGAGCAGCGGCGGCUGGAGGAGCAGCGGUUGUUGGAGCGGCGACUGGAGGAGUUGGAGCGGCAACUGGAGGAGUGGCGGCUGAAGGAGUGGCAGCUGGGGGAGGAGGAGUGGGAGGAGCGGCAAAUGGAGCGGAAAAUGAAGCAUAGUCUGCAACUUUGA